AUGACAGAAGAACGUCCUUUUACCCCAAUUAACGACCCCCAACUAAACCAAAACAAUCCAAAUCAAAAUUCACCUACUGAUAAGAAUUUAGAUACUGAAGACUUAGAUGCCCAUGAAACUGAAGAAGAACUCAUCCGUAAGAAAAGAGAAGAGUACAUGCGUGAAAAUGAUAAGGAUAAGCUUAUCUCGACUGCUACAGUUUCUCUUUACCGUUUUAAGACCGAAGCCGAUGAUAAGCGUUGGGUUGAACGUGGAGAUGGUAAGAUAAGAGUUAGUAUAGAACCGCAAAGUAAUAAGUAUCGUAUCUUGCUUAUCAAAGAGAAGACUCAAAAGUAUGGAUGUAAUCACUUCAUUAGCCAGGCCGUAGUUAUGCAGAAGUAUCCUAAGGCUGAAAAUGCCUGGAUGUGGACUGCUAUUGGUGAUAAUUGUGAAGAUGGUUUAGGUCCGAUUCAGAAGUACUUGGCUAGGUUUAGCAGUACUGAAGAGGCUCAGGAGUUUUUGGCUGCAGUAGAAGCAGGACGUAAGCAUAACUUAGCAAUUGAUAUGGGUGGAGAUAAGGUUAGUAGUAGUGAUAUGGUUAGUAGUAGUGAUAAGAUUAGUAGUAGUGAUAAGAGUGGUGUUAGUAGUGAUAAGAUUGGUGUUAGUAGUACUAAAGAGGAAACUAAAGAUAAGGUUAGUAGUAGUAGUGAUAAGAGCGGUAUUAGUAGUACUAAGGAGGAUGCUAAAGAGGAAACUAAAGAGGAAACUACUUCGAGUGAGCAGCGUAAGUCUUUAUAA